UUCUGCUUCCCCACUACACCAUAUGCUGCUGCUGCUGUAUCUUCUUGCCUGCCUGAUUUUUGUGCCUGGGGCACAGGGGUUGGAGAGAGGAGCCAAAACUCAAUUUUCCACGUUCAGCAAUUUCAUAACAACUAUUAACCAAAAGAAAGAAGUCACUGAAAGCAGUAGUUCACCUACAAAGCCUGUUAUGCCCAACAUCAAAAAUGUGAGAGAGCUUCUUCCAAUUUGCCUUGACGUUAGGCAAAAACAACGCAUCUCGAUAGAAACACUACCGCAGGAACUGAAAGCUCCGGUCCCUCCAGAACCUUCCCUUCCCAUACGAACCAAAACUGUGAAAGACUUCCAGGAGGAUAUGGAAAAAGCUAAGUCAUCAGGGGACUGGAAAGCUGUACUUGACUUUUAUUCAGCAACUUUCGAUUCUUUCCUGGAGAUAAAUGCUGCAUUUAAGAAAGAUGCUAAUGCCCCAUUUGAUACCAUUGAAGAUUCUGGAAUCAGUGCUAAAUUUGUGAAUGUUGUUUACGAUGCCUUACUAAAUACUCCUCAAGAUGUUCAGAAAUCAGUCCUAAAGGGAAUAAUUAAUGGUUUGCUACAGGAGUGGAAGGGGCCCCGAACAAAAGAUGAUCUUAGAGCAUACUUUAUACUUCUACAGAAUCCUCAGUUUAGUAACACAUCAACAUAUGUCAUCUAUGCUCACUUGCUAAGACAGACAGCAGCUUUGGCAGAAGCUGAUCAUCAUUUUCUAGUUCACUGGUUUAAAAAGAUUUCACAGAAACGGUUCAAGCAGUUGAUGGACAGGUUGCUGCAAUUCAUUUCUUUACGUCUGUUUCCUGCAAAACCUGAAGAAUUUCCACCCAUGAUAAAAUGCACCUGGUGGAUUCCAUCAGCAACCAAAGUCUUGUCUUUGUUUAAUGCUGCAAAUAGUUUAGCUAGUCCUCCUAUUAUUUCAUAUACGGAUUUCUACAAUUCCACGCUGGAUCAUAUUGAUCUAAUGGAAGAAUAUCAUAACUGGCAGUGCUAUGGAAAUUCUCACAGGUUUUCCUUCUGUCAGUACCCAUUCAUCAUUUCUAUAGCAGCAAAAAAAGUUAUUAUUCAGAGGGACUCAGAACAGCAGAUGAUAAGCAUAGCACGUCAAAGUCUUGUGGACAAAGUCUCUCGCAGGCAGAAACCCGACAUGAAUAUGUUAUUCCUAAAUGUGAAAGUGAGGAGAACACACCUUGUUAGUGACUCACUUGAUGAGCUGACAAGGAAGAGAGCAGAUUUAAAAAAGAAGUUGAAAGUUACAUUUGUAGGGGAGGCUGGACUUGAUAUGGGUGGUCUGACAAAAGAAUGGUUUCUUCUCCUGAUUCGCCAGAUCUUUCACCCAGACUAUGGUAUGUUUACAUAUCACAAGGAUUCACACUGUCAUUGGUUUAGCAGCUUUAAAUGUGAAAACUACUCUGAAUUCCGAUUGGUUGGAGCUCUUAUGGGACUCGCUGUAUAUAAUAGUAUUACCUUGGAUAUUCGCUUCCCACCCUGCUGUUACAAGAAACUGUUGAGUCCUCCCAUUGUUCCUUGUGAUCAAAAUACUCCUGUAGGCAUCUGUGACGUUACAUUAAAUGACCUGUAUCAGAUUAUGCCUGAGUUAGCCCAUGGACUAAAUGAACUCCUAUCCUAUGAAGGCAAUGUUGAAGAAGAUUUCUAUUCAACCUUCCAGGUUUUUCAAGAAGAAUUUGGAGCCAUAAAAUCUUAUAACCUAAAACCAAAUGGUGAUAAAGUUCCAGUUACAAAUCAGAAUAGAAAAGAAUAUGUGCAGUUCUAUGUUGACUUCCUUCUCAACAAAUCAAUCUACAAACAGUUUGCAGCAUUCUAUUAUGGAUUCCAUAGCGUCUGUGAUUCUUAUGCAUUGAUGCUGCUUCGUCCAGAAGAGGUUGAAAUUCUUGUUUGUGGAAGCCCUGAACUGGACAUGCAUGCUCUACAGAAAAGCACCCAGUAUGAGGGAUACCAGAAAACUGAUCUUACUAUAAGAUACUUCUGGGAGGUAGUUCUAGGAUUUCCACUUGACCUUCAAAAGAAGCUGCUUCAUUUUACUACUGGAAGUGACAGAGUACCUGUGGGAGGGAUGGCAGAUUUGAAUUUCAAGAUUUCAAAGAGUGAAACAUCCACUAACUGGUUACCUGUGGCCCAUACCUGCUUCAACCAGCUUUGCCUCCCUCCUUACAAGAACAAAAAGGAACUGAAGCAGAAGCUGACAAUUGGAAUUUCAAAUGCAGAAGGUUUUGGUCUAGAAUAAGAUGAAAGACUUUACAAAAAAAAAACAGCAUUUUUAUGUAGCAUUCACUUUCCUCUACUUGUGCCUUUAAGCUUUUCAUGUUUCUGUCUCUUGAUACUAUGCCAGUCUUACCCAACUUGGAACACUGAAAUUUUUAAAUUAAAUUUAAAAAGCAUUCACUUUUGCUGUAUGACAAUACACUUAUUGCUUGCUUUGGCACAGAGAAUAAUUUUAAUAAGAUAUAGAAAGCUGAUUUUCUUGAGAGAGAGGUGACAAAUUUUCAGAAAAUCUGACAGAGGUGACAAAUUGGAAGUUAUAGUUUUAUCUUUGGUUAUUCGUAAUAGCACUUUACUCUUAAUUUACAUCAUGCAUGUUCCACUGGGAAAAGAAACAAGAGUUUAUGUUAGUUAAGCCCAGUGGUGGGAUGUUUUCAAUUACUACACAUGGUAGCAAAACACAUAACUGCCAUUAACAUGAAGUAUGUGGCCAUAUUUUCAUAGGGGCAAAUAGCAAUUUUAGUGUAGAUAAAAUGUAUACAGUUUUAAUAUUCUAGUUUUAAUUUAAAAAAAAAUUAAGCUGGAUGUUUUAAGAAGCAUGUAAAUAAAUGCCUCUGAAAGAAUAGGGUUUUGAUAGUGCCAUUUACUGCUAAAGAUUUAUUUUUACAAAAUAUGGGGGUUUAGAUGUUAUAUAUUCAGCUUUUACAGAUCAACAGGUUUGAUUGUAUAGGAAUGUCUAUGGUAAAAUUUUACAUUUUUAAGUUGAUUCAAAGGCAGACUAUUAGUAUUAAAUAAGCUGCAUGUACUUUCUGUGAAAUUGGCAGAAAACCAGUCAGUUUAAUUUUAGUUUUGUAACCACAGAAUACAUAAAGCAAUUGGAUGAAGAAAGGAAGUUUAACUCAUUUAAUCACUUCAGAAAUAAGUUAUUUCCACAAUGCAUGGAAAAAUUGUACACUGUGCUCCACUGUCAUUGAAUCAACAAUUUUAUAUUGGAAAUGUUUUAGUAAAAUUUAAAGAAGCUCUGACAAAAGUGAAUACAAUAACAUUUUAUUGAAAUGCUGUAGCUUUCAUUUAACUUGAAGGUCAGAAUUUAGACAAUGUUUUGGGGUUUUUUCACUGCACGUAUCGAAGUAAAUGCCAGGUUACUCACAUUUUGAAUGUUUUAGCUAAUACAGUGCUGGAGAGAGACUUUUUUGGCAUAAUUAUAAGUCUAUAUUUAUUCAUAAGUUAAGACAGUUUAUCAGCAUGCAGCAUAGUGUUGGUAUAUUUUUAUAUAAAGAAAUAUCUAUUGCGUGUUCUAUUUUUUUUUAACAGAACUAAAACCCAUAUCCUCACGGGUAAUCAGGCAUCCAACUCCCAUUACAAACAACGGUGUUUGAACAGAUUUAGAAUUUAUCUUUUAGCAUCAACUUUCUUUGUCUGUUGCAUCAAUAUAAUGGUACAAACAAUGGGAAGUAAGUGCCUGAUUGCUUUUGAUAAUCUGGGCAUGCGUUGCUUAUUUGCAAUAACAGUAAAAUGAUUCAGAUUAACUUUUUUAUUUUUAUUUUUUUUUACUUUCUAUACUGCUUGCACACAACCAGCAUAUUUCUAUAUGGUGAAUAAACAUCUAAUUACUCUGUAAUUCCAAAGCCAGUAAUUCUGUAGUAAAUACACGUUUCAUUCUAUUCUCGUCCUUGAAGGUGGUGGACAAUUUUACCAUUUUUAUUUCAUUAGGAACAGAAAUAAGCAUUGGUUUGUUUGGGUUUUUUAAAGCCUUUAAUAUUGGUCUAACUCUGCUCCUACAUAAGACUGAUGAAACUCCCAGUGACUAAAAUUUGUUGGCUAGUGCUUUAUAAAACUACAGCUUUGGAAUUGCACUUUUAUUCUGGACAUCGCCAAAAAAAUUCAGAUUGCAGAGUUAAGGGAAGUGCUUCAUCAUUGCACUGCCUGAACUAGUAAGAAAUUUCAAAUGAUUUAAUACUAAUAAGCACAAAAAUAGUGGUUAUAUAAGACAUCAGAAUUAUAUAUAUUUUUAUUAAUUAAACUGGAAACAAUUGUUGUUCUUUAGAGCCUAAUUCAUGGAUAGUUGGCUUAUGAAUUAAUAGCUACACAAUUUUUCAGGCAAUAGUGCACAUAAACGAGCCAUAAUAUUUUAUGACUCAAACCUGCAUUUAAUAAGUUUCUGCCCAUCAUCACUAAGACAAAAGCUUUACAUUCCAGUCUUUUUUUUAUUGCAAAAUUGCACUUUGUUCUGUUUUAUUUAUUAAAUUUCUUGGGGGCGGGGAGGUUACUGUGUAAUAUUACCUCAGAAUUCUAAAAUGCUAGUAUAUUAGCAUCAGUUUUGAAAUAAGCUAGAUAAUUGUCAUGCAGUUGCAUUUUAUAUUUCCUGACAUUAAUACGUUAGAUAUAAUAUGAAUUUUGUAUUUGUUAAAUGAAAGCAUUACACCGUAUUUAUUAAAUAAGCCUCCGAUCUUAUCACUUAAUGUUAUUUGCUCAUCUACCUUUUGUUGUCGUUUUGUCUUGCUAUGUAAUUUAGCAACCUUUUUUAUCUCUGCAGUUGUUUUGUACAUUGCCUAAGGAAAUCUGCUUUGUAUAAAUUUGUUCAUUACCAAGUAUCUAUUUUUAUGUAUUGAAAUUGUGCAGUCAUUAAAUCAAAUGUUUCCGUU